AUGAUCGCGGUGAUCAUCGUGAAGAUCGUGCUGACGCCACUCGGGGCGAGUGGCGUGACUCUGUUUGGAGUCAUUGGGAUGGCGGCGAAGCUCGUUCAUGGGGAAAUGGACGGGAUAGUGGCGACCGCCAAGGGGACGAUCGUUCCGGUUGGCAUCGGAGAGCUAGCUGGGAUACGUCGGCGAGCACUGCCCCUGGCACUGGCACCGAUCAAGGAUGGCAGCCAAAGGACCCAGACCCAUGGUCCAAUGGCGACGACCCGUGGACCAAGGCAAAGCAUGACGACCAAUGGGCCCCACGAGCUGGACGCGGCGAUCGAGGAGUUUUCCAAGCAGCUCCCUGGGCGGAUGGUAGAGCUCCUCGAGACCGAGGUGACGAUUACGAAGGAGGCCGCGGCGGAAACUGGGGCAAUGGAGCGUGGAGUGAUAGUGACGGAGUCGCAUGGAGUGGCUGGUCGCACUUCGACGGCGGUGGCUUCAGCUCCCAAGGCGGCCGAUACGGCAGCCAGUCAGGAGGCGGCGGGCGCGCUUCAGAGAAGCUUACUGUACCCUCUUUCUCUGGAGAGGAUGCCGACGACCUUGGAGGUUCUGCAAGGUCGACUCGUCCUGUACCAGAACCUGACUGGGAAGGCGUGGAUCUCGGCGGAAGAGCUUUCGCUUCCAAGGUUGGGAUCCAACGAUGGCGUGAGCUACCUGGUCUCGUGGAUCAAUGCCCGGUUCUUGGAUCUGGAAGUGGCAAGGAUUGGUCGGGCUUUCAGUGACUUCUUCAGACGUUUGCGUCGCCGACAAGGGCAAACAAUCCGCGAGUAUAACACGGAGUAUGACAGGCUGCACGCGCGCUUGCGCGAGGUGGGAUGUUCUAUCCCCGAGGAGUGCGCGGCAUGGCUCUACUUGGACAGGCUACAGCUCGAGGAGAGCCAAGAGUUGAACCUCCUGGCGAGCGUCGGCAACUCCUACAGUCUUCAUCGACUUCAGCAGGCCGCGGUGCUCCACGACCGCGGUCAGAGGAAGCCUUGGGAGACUACCAAGGGCCGGCGCGCGCACACGGCGCACGUCACCGACACCGCGGACGGCACCGUCUCAGAGGGCGACGGCUCAGAGCUCGAGGAUGGUGUCCCUGAGGACGUGGCGGUGGCGUAUGCGACCUACCAGACUGCCAAGGAGAAGUACAAGGAGCAGAACAAGGCCAGAGGAUACUACGGCGACCGCGGUGCAGGGGACAAAGGGAAGGCGAAGGGCAAUGACGCCUCUCGCGACGAGAAGAUCCGCCUCAUGAAGAGCAAGUCCUACUGCAACAGCUGUGGCAAAAAGGGCCAUUGGCACAAGGACCCAGAAUGCCCUAACAACGGUCCUGGCCAGAGUGUGCGAGACGUGGAAGUUUGCCAUCAUGUUCCUCUGGAGGUGUACGCGGUGCGCCAUGACGGCAGAGGGCUAGUUGGAAUCACAGACACGGCAUGCGCCAAGUCGGUCGCAGGCACUGCUUGGCUCCAGAACUAUAGCAACGAGAUCUCCCGCGUCUACCAGAAGCCCGAGCUCGUGAGGGAACAUGAAGCCUUCAGGUUCGGAACCGGGAAGGUGCACCACUCAUCGUUCCACGUCGUGCUUUACUUCGAGAUGGGCGGCCAGGUGAUUGAAUUGAAGGCGUCAAUCAUCAAUGGAGACGUGCCGCUGCUUCUCUCAAAGGACUCGUUGGCCCAGCUCGGGAUGGUCUACGAUGUUGCCGCUAACCGUGCGGAUUUUCGAGCAUUGGGCCUCAAAGGCUUCGGGCUCAUCACUACCACCUCGGGACAUCCCGCAAUUCCUAUCAUUCCAGCAAGGCCCGGCGAAGGAGCUGGUCGUCUUGUGAUUGCAGACCGACAGGCCCCGAGCGAUGUGCAAUACACGGCCUUUGCGGUAUCAACAACAAGCCUCAAGUCCCAAGGCCCCCCGAAGAGUGGUCCAAGGUUCUCUACAAGUUCGCCGAACAGUCCUCCUACAUCAAGCCCCAACCAAGCCGUCAACUACAAAAUCUUCUACGACAAGAAGCUUAGUCCGGAAGCCAAGAACAUCCUCACGCAAGAUCGUCUUCAUGAGCAGUCCUUUAUCUCGUGGUGGGAAGGCAGCAAGGUGUCAACGGACAUGUUGCUCAGUUCGAUUGCCGACACACGCAUCACGGACAUGGCCUCGCAAUGCAAACCGCCCGCGAUCAGCUCGAUGACGAAGGCCCAGCUCCUCCAGGAGUGCGAGAGAGUCGGAUUGGUGGUCCACCGUACCUGGACGGUGGAAGAGAUCAAGGCAGUCAUUCAGGAGUACCGUAUGACGAACGCAGCCUCUCAGCCCGGACACCAGAUGAAGUCGAUCACCUCUCUGAAUCUCCCGGAGCUCCGCAUCAAGGCCGACGAGCUUGGGGUGGAGUACAACCACACCACCACGAAGGGCAACCUCCUUCGCCUCAUCAGGGACUCUCUGUCCACUCCCGGGACCGAACUGAUGAAAAUCGGCAAGUACAAGGGGUUCGAGUUCCAGGAAGUGCCUCGUGGCUACGCGGAGUGGGCAUCCAGAGAAGUGAAGGCGAGCUCCAAUCCUCACCCGGAACUGGUGAGGUUCGCUCGCUGGUGGGACAACUCCCAAGAGAGGGCGUAUGUGGAGGAGAGGACCAUCGAGGCGAACUCCGUGAUCCCCUUUCCCGACUCGGAGACGGACACCUCGGCGUGGGGCAACUGGAGCGAGUGGGGAAGGGAGUCGCCGAAGAAGCAGACCCCAGCGAAAGGGGCGUCGAAGGGCUACAGUCGGAACACCGACCUCAUGCUUCCCCGCACCAACAAGCGCGGGAGCUCAUCCCAGGCGGAGAGCGCGAUGGACGCAGAGGGCGACCCGGAGACGAUUGCCGAGAUCGAGGCGUUGGAACAGAAGCUCGCGGCCCUGAAGGACAAGGCGAAAGUGACUGCCAAGGCGGUGCCAAAGGACCACAGCGAGGACACGGCACUACGAUCCGACGGGAAGGCAAACACCAAUGGAGGCGCACCACCAGGUGAUCUUCCUCGCCUCCAUGUACGCUUUGAUGAGCAUGCGGAAUUGCUUUCUCCGCGACCUCCCCGUCGAGGGCUAUGCGACUAUGAGCGUGAGGGCAGCCAUUUUGGAAGUAAGACCUUCGUGCACAAGGACGGGUGUUGUGGCAAGGAAGACGAUGUCCUCUUCCACGAGGCCUUCAUCAGUCAAGAGGAGUUCGCGAAGGCCCUUGCUAGCAAGCACACCAACUAUGCUUGUGCCACCACAACCCAGGACAACCAAGAUGAGUUCGCGCGGGCCUACCAGGACAAUGACUUCACCUACGACAAGCUCCUCGACCUCCUCAACCAGGCUGGCCUACGAGAGGUCCGUACCGAGAGAGACGGCGUCAUCGGGAAGACCGGCAAGGCUGCUACCUACCACACUCUCGGCCUCUACACGCAUGGUGGAACUUUUGGGAUAACUACCCGCACGAAGGAGCAAAGUGCCAUGGCCCGGUACAUCAACGAGUUUGGCAAGCGGCAUCUUGGAAAGGGCGCUACGUGGACCUCGGUUACCAUCGCCUUCAAUACGGAGACGGAUGUCCACCACGACUUCCACAACCUCAAAGGCACCUACAACCACGCCGUUUCCUUCGGCCAGGAAAGCGGCGGCGGUCUGUGGAUAGAGAACAAGGAGAUCAACGAGGGAAACCUGGAAGCAUCUACAGUCAAGUGGCGCCAGGAUAAAGCCGGGCGGUGGAUGCCGGGGAGAGUCGCCGACAACAAGGAGAAGUUCGUGACCUUCGACCCCUUCCUCAAGCACGCUACGGAGCCCUGGGUCGGCGGCAGAUGGUGCUUGGUCUACCAUUCUACAAGGAACUACACCAAGGUCAAUGACGUUCUCCACGGCUACCUCAAGAAGUGCGGAUUCCCUCUACCCAGGAGGAAUGGCGCCGCUCCCGGCGAUGCUACCAGGAGGAAACCCUGUGUUUCAACACGAAAGAAGAUCUUCAACAAUGCCGCUAAAGUUGGCGUGCUGAUGGCGACUCUUCUGACGGCGGCCUCCAGUUACCUUGCCAACCACGUGUUCCCGGAUCCCAUCGUCGAGCCCAUCGUCAUCUUCGAGAUCGGCGGCACAGCUGGCACCGAGGAGGCCGUGUCACUUGGCAAGGACGUGUUCGAGCCCAUGGACUGGGCUACCUACCAAUCUCCGGAGGGCAAAGAGACCGCCUACCACGUGAUCAACGGCGGCGCACCUCGAGAGCUACGGGUGAACCUCUUCGGGAAGAAGGAUGCUUGCAAUCGACCCGUUCUCGAGCUGAUGCAACAGCAGAUCAACGAAGGGGGAACGGUGGUCGUGAAGGGGAGCAGCCAGGACACUAUCUACGACGAAGAGCUCUUCAAGUACCUGCGCGACAACUACACCCAGUACAAUGGCAACGAGCACGGGGAGGAAACCUACAUCUUGUACAGGGCAUGUGAGCGAAGCGAAAAGAUGCCCGGACCUACGAGGUGUCACCAAGUCUGUGUUGUGGAUCGUUCUGGAGAAGGAGACGGGCUUGCACACGAUGUUGCUUAUGAUGGUACAGGUAUCACCUUCGGAGAGACCACCCCUCCGAUGAUAGCGUCCGCCCUUCGGAGGCUACACCAGAACCUCGGCCACCCGCAGAACUGCGACCUCAUCAGGCAUCUACGGCUUGCUGGGUGCGACGAGCCGGUCAUCAAGGCCGCUCGCGGGCUUCGAUGUCAAGUCUGUGAAGCCAAUGCUGCCCCGCGGAUAGCCAGACCUAGCGUGAUCCCGCAGCUCUGUGAUUGGAAUGACACAGUCGGGAUCGACCUCUUCUACGCUCACGACAUCAACGACGUGAAGCACACCUUCCUCUCUGCGGUUGACUACGGGACCACGUACCACCUUGCCGUGAAGGUCGACGGUCAGUCUGCCGAGGACAUCGAGGCGAAGUUCAACGAGAUGUGGAUCGUGCCGUUUGGGCCUCCUAAGAGCGUGGUUGUCGACCUCGACGGCGGAGUACAAGGAGCACUCGGCCGUCUUUGCGACUGGCACAAUAUCGCUAUGAAGAGCAUCGCUGCCCAAAGCCACUGGCAGGCCGGGAUGAUCGAGCGGCAGCAAGCCUGGUGGAAGAACAUAUGGGAAAGACUAGUCUACGAGCUCACCAUCGGCGAGGACGAGGCGGAGAUAGCGGCCCCCAUCAUCAACAGCGCCAAGAACGAUCUUCGGAGAAGGUGCGGACACAGUCCUUCACAAUGGGUGUUCGGCAGGGCACCGCGCAUCCCUGAGGACCUGCAGGACCCCGACGGCGGCAACCACGUCACAUGGGAUGUGAGUGAGGACUCGCGGUUCCAAAGGCAGGCGGCUAUGAGGGCAGCCUCGCGUGUCGCUUUCCAUAGGAGCCAGACAGUCGUCUCCGCAAAGCGUUCUUGCAAAGGCCAUUGGACCGGACCGGCCGUGAUCGUCGGCAAGGAGGGCAACAACUACUGGAUAUCCAGCAAUGGCAGGUGCAGGCUAACCUCUCCCGAACACAUCCGAGGCUCCACACCAGAGGAGGUGGGCGCGUACCUAUCCAUGAAGGGGACUCAACGGGAGGUCGAAAAGCUACUUGAGUUCGACCCUGACGGAGACGAGGCGUUCGAAGAGGACCCCGAGGAUGUCGAGGUCGGCGAGGACGACGAGAUCGGCGACAUGGAGCUCGACCACGACGAGGACCUCGUCCUGGAGCCGGCCCUGGUCGAUGAGGACCUACCUAUGCCUACGCGACGGCUCAAGCGCAAGACCAACAUGACCCAGCUCGACGAGACGGCGAAUGAGGCCAUGAUCCUCAAGAGUGACCUCACCCGAAGGGGAGUCGAGAAGCGGAAGGAGAAGGAGCUCAAGUGGACGGAAAUUCCAGAGGAGGUCCGGGAGAAGUUCCACGACGCGGAGCGCGUACAGUGGGAGGAGCACUUGUCCUACGACGCCCUGGAGCCCUUGACGACCGAGGCCAGCGAUGAGGUACGAGCUCGGGUCGCCCCAGAGAGGAUCUUGCGCUGCAGAUGGGCGUAUAAAGACAAGAACUGGGCGCGACGAAGAGAAGGAGACGCAGAGGCGCCAUGGCGAUGCAAAUCCCGCCUUGUCAUCGCCGGACACACCGAUCCGGACUUGGGCAACGAGCAUCUGUCUACCGACGCGCCCACCCUUUCCAGAAGCGGACUGGCCUGCCUUCUCCAGCUCACUGCCAAUGGCCUUGCGCAAAAAGACCGCUGGGAGCUGUCUGCUGGAGAUAUCCGAUGUGCAUUUCUGACAGGAAGCUACCUCUCUCGAGAACUCUUCAUGCACCAGCCGAGGACGGGGUUCCCGGGUAUGUCACCAGGGCAACUCGUGCGCAUAAAGAAGAACGUGUUCGGCCUCGCCACCAGUCCUCACGAGUGGUGGGGAGAUCUCCAAGCCGGCUUCCGUGAAGUGAAGAUUCAAGGCGAAGACGGCAACGAGUACCGCUUUGAUCAAUGCCCUCUUGAUCCUUGCAUUUUUAUGCUUCGCCGGUGGAACAACGAGGAGUUCAUCGGCAGCCCGAUUGCCUACGUGGGUUGCCAUGUCGACGACCUGUUGGUGGCUGGUCCCAGAAGUGUCAGAAAGAAGAUCGAAGAAGCACUCUCCGUUGUCUUUCCGAUUGAGUCUUGGGAAGAGGAGGAGUUCGAGUUCCUUGGGUCACAGAUCAAGGUGGGCCAGGAGGCAAUCCAGGUGGUCCAGGAGAAGUACGCCACUACCCGCCUCUUCAAGCUCGAGAUCCCCACCGACGCGAAGGACGAAGAGGUUGCGAGCGAUGAGCUCGCAUGUGACAACAGAUCAUUGAUAGGUGCAUUGUCGUGGAUGGCGGGACAAAGCCGUCCGGACUUGACUUGUGCCGUGAGUAUGGCACAGCAACUCCAGAAGCAGCCCACGGUCGGCGACCUCCGCUUCACGAACGCGACGGCCUCCAAAGCGCUACAGUUCAAGAGUCAAGGCCUGGUGUUCCGCCCUGUUGCUCUGGAGAGGCUGAUGCUGGUGAUCUACCACGACGCGGCCUGGGCGAACGUCCCCGAGGCCGAUCCCUACGAGGACUACUAUGUCUUGACCCCGGAGGACGAUCUCGCGGGGCUCCAGACCGAGGGGCCCUACGUCAACAAGAGUGAUGGGAGAAAGGCGAAGAAGGGGAGCUCUAAAGUCGCGUCGCAACUUGGAGUCCUCGUCACCUUCACCGACAGAGGGGCCCUCAACAACGAGCCCGGGAACUUCAGCAUUGCCGACUGGAAGUCACGUGCCGGCCAGAGGGUCUGCAGGAGUACUUUCGGUGCAGAGACUCAAGCAUGCGCAGAAGGAUUGGAAACCGGACAAUACAUCCGGUCGAUGCUGGAGACCCUUGUCAAAGGGCCAUUGGUCACGGUUGAGCAGGCCACGACCCCGCUCCUUUGCCUCAGCGACUGCCGAUCACUCUACGACCACCUCAACCGUCAAGGAGUACCUCGUGUACCGACGGACAAAAGGCUUGCAGUCGACCUGGCAGCACUGAGGCAAGCUCUACGAGCUGAAAUGUGGUGCGAGGAUCUGCCAAUCGCCUGGAUUCCAGGUGCUGUCCAGAAAGGGCAAGUUAGUUUUGCCUCUCGCAAUUGGCGGAAGAGGAGCAUGCGCGAUGGUGUCUUCCCUUUCGAGCUUUGUUACGACAAGUCAGACCUUCCCGAAAGCCAAAACCCGGUUCUACCUUCGCAAAUCAAGGUGGACCACUUGUUCAUAGCUGCUGCUGGCAACGAUGGGAAAGAUGUGGACGUCAGCAACAUGGCUGCAUGGGAACAUGACAUGUCGGCAUGGGAGUUUGAGGUUGUAGACCUGGAUGUCCGAUUGAAAAAGCUUCCGAGAGUCAUGAGUAUUUGUAUCAGCCAAAGCGAUCCUGGCUUGAAGACGGAUGCCAUCCUUAGCCUGGCUGGGCUUUUGAAAAACUCCGACAGAAUGCUCAUUCUCUGGGAUCCAACGUGGACAGAGAGGUUGUGGUGCUUGUUUGAGCUUGCUGCCUUCCUGAAGAGCAAGAAGACACAACAGCAACACCUUAUCGUCAGGCCCAUCUUCAUGGGACCUCUUUCCAUCUCAGUCUUCCUUACUUUUGGUGCCAUCGCAACGUCAAUCGCAACAGUACCUGUCGAAGACGAAAGAACGGUUGUCACACUACUGGCGACCAUUGCGUUUUCGGCGUUUGUCGCUGCAUUCCCGACGGCCAGCACCAUCCGAAGAUACUUUCGAGAUUUGGACACCAUGAAGCUGCAGUUGUCGUCGAUUUCCGUUGAUUCUACGAGGAGUACAUGCUGCGACUUCAACCAUUUGACUCCCUCGGGUGAACCUAUGCUCUGUGAUCGUAAGAUCGUGAAAGAGUGCUUGAAUAUUUGGUUUGGUAGCGAAUCAAAUUUUGAGGACACGGUGCGCACCGAGGUCCUGCGCAUUUUGAACCGUGAUCUCACCGAGAAGGUAUUCAGUACUCCAUGGGCCUUGGGGGUGACUUCUCCAUCAUCAUUCUGGCUUUCAUGGAUGUCUCUGCAAGCUGGACUCAAGUCGACGAUAAGUUUGAUCCGCUGUGGCAUCAUCCUGUUUGGUGAUUUGGUUGCUCUUCGUCCCGGCGACGAAGGAUCUCUUGAUACUUUUGCUCCGGCUUGGGCGGCAGAGACCAAGAAGUACUUGCCUUGA